AUGGUGGGAACAGCCUUAGCAGUGCUGCACGGAGCCAUCCCCCCCUCUCUGCUGCUGCCCUCCCUCGCCCGCCACUCCCGCAUCGUUCUUCCCCUCGCCUUCCCCCUCCCCCAUUCCUCUGGCACUAUUGGGCACGUUUCGAGUCGUUUUGAGGCGAUCCGCAAGAUGGUGGGGACAGCUCUGGCUGUUCUCCAUGGUGCCAUCCCCUCUUCCAUGCUGCUGCCCUCCCUCGCCCGCCACUCCCGCAUCGUGCUGCCCCUCGCUCCGCCCCAAGGCCUCCUAUUGGCCGACUGCUCCUUCAUGCCCUUCCGGGCGCCAAAGCUGCCCGGAAACAAAUCCUCCUCUUCUGCUGCCGAACUUGAGGUUCCUCACUCCAGCACGCCUCUAGAAGCUGAAUCAACAGACCGUUUCAAGCAGCAGCAGCAGCAGCAGCAGCAGCAGCAGCAGCAGCAGCAGCAGCAGCAGCAGCAGCAGCAGCAGCAGGCAGAGGCGCUAUACACUCAGUGGCACUGUGCCGAAUCCCCUCGUGAAAUCGCCAGCACCCACACUCGAAACACUCUCCGCAUGUCCCCUGCCGUGUGCGAGGGAGUAGAGGCGUUCUCUCAGCACCACGUGCUGCCAGCCAUGCUGCAGUGGUUGGAGGCGGGAGGAGAGCCGUGGAGUGGGUGGGAGGAGAAUCUGCUUGCUUACCAGUGGGUAUCGGAGGAGGAGGAGCGGGAAGUGAGAGUAGAGGCAUUCACCGAAGGCCACGUGCUGCCAGCCAUGCUGCAGUGGGUGGAGGCGGGAGGAGCGCCGUGGAGUGGGUGGGAGGAGAAUCUGCUUGCCUACGAGUGGGUAUCGGAGGAGGAGAAGAGCGAAGUGGUAGAGGGCUGGGAGAAUCUGCUGGGUUACCAAGGGUGUGUGAGGAGGAGGAGAGGGAGGGCAGUGGUGGAGGGGUUUACCAAGUGGAACGAGGGCAGAGAGGGGGUAUUGACUCUAUUGAAGGGUGGAGGGGGGAUCUGUGUGGAGCAGUGGGGAGGAGAACUUAAUGUGGAAGGGAGGGCAGUGGUGGUGGAUGGGUUUACCGGGUAG